UGAGAUCGAAGGCGCAAAGCAAAGUUUCUAGGAGGCUCGGAGGUAUACUCCCUCCGUAAAAUUUAGAAAACUGAAUGUCUUGAAAUGCAUAUAUUUCUGUAGAACCCUAAUCCUAACCUGGUGCAUCACAAAAAGAGAGGAAACGGCGAAGAGAAAACGUUGGCAGACUGCUACAGUUGCAAUUUUUUAAGAAGCGGUUACACAUUUAGGUUUAACGAUAAAUAUUAGUUAAAUUCCUAGGUGAACCAUGUCUGCAUUGAUGGCCGCUGGUGUGGGGAUCGUGCGAGCUCCUAAAGUAACAGGCUUGAAGAAACCACGACCGCUCCGAAGACAGACAUCGUCCCCUGAACGACAGACAGACAUGAAACCCCCGCUACCAAAGCGUUCUACCAGUAUGUUUGAAUCACAGGAGGAUCGGUUUCGGAAUCUCAUCAUAACAACCGACUCUACUUGUAGCGUUGAUAACGAGAGGUAUUCACAGAACACUCUUGACAGCUUGUGCAGUGACACCAUGAUCGAGUGCAACAACAACAUCUUGAAGCAGAGUCUUCACUACCCGAGUGUUGGCAGCCGUCGCUCGUCCAUUGACAGCUCCGCAUCGGAAUCAUCGUCAUCAGCGAGUCACCGACCCACCACCGUUGCCAGGCAGGUGAGCGAGUCUGGCAACAUGAGGAGUGCAAGCGAAGAACAACCACAGUGUCAGACAGUUGGGUACAAAGCCACGCCCCACGAACGCGUGAUCUUCAGACGGUCGUCUGGUGGUGGUGGUAGUGAUGGUAGACAUGUUCCACCGUUCAACAGACAGUCCUCGACAUCCAGUUCCUCCAGUGGUGAUCAGUCCGACUGCAACGCUAACCGUCUAAACACGGGGAAUGUCAACGUGUACAUACACAAUGUUAAAGUGGAACAACAGAACCGCGAUGAUGGGGAGAGGCUGGAAGUGGGGACUUCGAUGACGGACGAUCUUAAGACUUCGCCUGGUAGUCCCGUCCAUACGUGUGGCUCUGAGGGUGCUAUUCAGACUUCGCCAUACGCCGCUGCCAAGAACUUCCAGACUGUGACGAAUCCUGUGAUAUCAUCGAAGGCGGAGGUGUUUUGUUCGAGUGGAGGCAGGGGCGGUGGUGGUGGCGAGGGUGGUGUAAAGAACACCAAGGACAUGUGGGCGAUCACCCAGCACGUGCACAAGGCAAAGAUGGAGGAGCUGCACCACAAGCUGGGCAGUCUGAGGCCGGCCGAUCCCCACCUCCUGCAGAAACAGAUCCAACUGGCCAGGCGGCAGUUCCUCGAGGAGUCGGACCAGGACGUACCACACAACACAGAGUCCAGUUCUACCCCUGGUGAUUCUGAUGAUACAGCACCAUCAUACACCUCUGUGAUCAGCAUGGAUGGAGAGAAACUCGUCUUGGCAUCCAGAUGUCUGAAGACUCUUAUGAAAGCUGUCAACAAGAUUUGUCAGAUGAAGGGUACCCACUUGAUAAAGUUAGAGAGCACUGAAGGCUGUGACAUACAGUCAAGCAUGCCAAGGAAAGCAAAAGUGUCAGCGACGAAGCACGUAGUUAGAAGUACACCAUUUAAAAAUCCGCCUUCUCACAACUUUGGUCAAGGUGAUGGGCUGUCGAAGUUUGGUGAACAAAGCUUUGAAUGGCAGAUUCUACACGAGGAACUGGACACAAACUCGUUCAGCAAUAGAGAGCCUCAGUACGAUCCUGAGGAGUCGUGUUCUGCUGAAAAUUUAAGACAGUACUCUGACAAGAAACUGCUGGGUCUGGCCAAACGCUCGUUGUCACGACAUCAGCCCGAGAACUGGCACUCGAUGCAUCAUGACUUCCCAGAAGUCUGUCUCCUCAAUCUCGAGGGAGUUUAUUUCAAUCCAUUCGACUUGAAGGCCUGCAACCCUGAAGCUGUGCUGGCCUAUCAGCCGGGACUUCGUCGAAGCUUUUCACAGCCGGGCACGACUUUGGGCUGGCCUGGGCGGCGAAACUUCGCUUCACUGAACAGACCGAGCAACGAGGAGGAGUCUGAGGAACUCUGUCACGUCACGUACUAGCUGGGCCUGUGUUCAGCGACAACAGUCGUCAUGGGCGCGAAGUGCAUAAAACCAGAAUACUGUAAAUCAUAAAAUGUUAGUGAUCUUAAAAUUGAGCAAAAUCCAUAUACAUGUAAGUGGCACAUAUUAGCGAGGUUGGCAUUAUCAGUGAACAAAAUAACAAGCUAAAGUGGUAGGAUCAGUUGAAAUCAUAUUUUUGACCAAUUUUGACUGAUGUUAUGCAGCUUAUAGACAACUUAAAUUUUAGUAGAAAAUUACAGAUGUUUGCUGUCCUUUUGGUUUAAUCAAUAGCAUGUAAGCAUUAUGUGUUCAGUUAAUCACCGACAAAACAAUCACAUGUUUAGCGACAAACUUUUGUAUGUCUCUUUAAAUUUAGCAUCAUGAAAUAUUAGAAUCUUGUUUGGCCUUGCUAAAUUCGGGGUGGUCAGAUUGGGAUCGAUAACCGUUGGUGUGCCCAUUGGGCUGUUUCUCAUUCCAGCCAGUGCACCUCGACUGGUAUAUCAAAGGCCGUGGUACAUGUAUGUGCUAUCCUGUCUGUGGGAUGGUGCAUAUAAAAGAUCCUUUCUAAGACUAUGUGUCAAAAUUACCAAAUGUUUGACAUCCAAUAGCUGGUGUUUAAAAAAAUCAUUGUGUUCUAGUGGUGUCGUUAAAUAAAACAAACAUUUUUGCUAAAUUCGCUAAAAUUUUAUGUUUGCUAAUAUUUUCUGAUUUACA